AGUACCUAUUCCUAGAGAAGAAAGAGAAGGAAUCACUGUGAGAUUGUCAGAGUACUGCUAAAAGUCAGAGUUUUGGACUCUUAUGAUUUUAUGGUUCCUUUUCUCUUUCUUUUUAUCCCAAAGGUAAAGCAUUUAUUCCUGGAGUUUUUAUCACCCACACCACAGAGAUGGAGAAUAAAAGAAAUGUGACUGAGUUUAUUUUAAUAGGUCUUACACAGAACCCCAAGAUGCAGAAUAUAGUGUUUCUGGGAUUUUUGAUUCUAUACAUGGUAACACUCUCAGGCAACCUGCUCAUUGUGGUUACCAUUACCACCACCCAGACUCUGAACUCCCCCAUGUAUUUCUUCCUGACUCAUCUUUCCUUGAUAGACACAAUUUAUUCUUCUUCUUCAGCUCCUAAGCUGAUUGUGGACUCCCUUCACGAGAAGAAAAUUAUCUCCUUUAAUGGGUGUAUGGCUCAGGUUUAUGCAGAACACAUUUUUGGUGCUACUGAGAUCAUCCUGCUCACAGUAAUGGCCUAUGAUCGCUAUGUGGCCAUCUGCAGACCUCUGCACUAUGCGACUGUCAUGAGCCACAGGCUGUGCUUUCUUCUGCUGGGAGUGGCCUGGACUGGAGGAUUUCUCCAUGCGACCAUUCAGAUACUCUUCACAGUCUGGCUGCCCUUCUGUGGUCCCAAUGUCAUAGAUCAUUUCAUGUGUGAUUUGUACCCUUUAUUGAAACUUGUCUGCAUGGACACUCACACCCUUGGUCUCUUUGUUGCUGUCAACAGUGGGUUCAUCUGUCUUUUAAACUUCCUCCUCUUGGUGGUCUCCUACGUAGUCAUUCUAUGGUCCCUAAAGAGCUAUAGCUUGGAAGGGAGGCGCAAAGCCCUUUCCACCUGUGUCUCUCACAUCACAGUAGUUGUCUUAUUUUUUGUGCCCUGUAUAUUUGUGUAUCUGCGCCCAGCGACCACUCUGCCCAUUGAUAAAGCUGUUGCUAUCUUUUAUACUAUGGUGGUUCCAAUGUUAAAUCCCUUAAUCUAUACCCUCAGAAAUGCUGAGGUAAAAAAUGCUAUGAGGAAGCUCUGGAGAAAAAAAGUGACUUCAGAUAAUGAUUAAAGAGAAUCUUUGAGCAUUACCUAUAGAAGUAAUAGAGGUAACCUAGUUCAAGCCUCUUGAUUUAUAAUUGAAGACAUCAACUCUAAUAAGGAGUUGGAUAACACUUGCAGAGAGCCACUUAAGUGCAGAGCUAAGACUAGGACUGGAAUCCAGACUUACUGUCUCCCAUCCCACACUCUUGUCAUCACGACAUACUGCUUCUUAAUCCAUAAAUAUUUACCUAUUACUUGGAAAUCUCAAGUAUCUGUAGUAGCUAAAGGAUAUGAAUCUAGAAUAUUGGAUUGGAUUAAAAUAAUCUGAUGUGACAUGGAGAUAUUGGUUACUACUGAUUUUUGCAAAUAACA